AUGGCUAUGGUCGUGGACGUCGUCAACAACAAGGCAGGCAUCACGGGUUCUGGAGACGUGCCAGUGGCCAAGACUUUCGCAUCGAAUCUAGCCAAGUUCGUCGCCGCAGCCCUGACUCUACCAAAGUGGGAGCGGGAGACGUAUCUUAUCGGCUACAAGUUGACGUGGAACCAGCUCAUCGAGCUCGCUGAAGCCGUCAAAGGUGCCAAGUUUGACGUUUCCCAAACGUUGAAAGCUGACGAGCAGCUACAGCCUAUGUUUGCCAUCUUAGGUCUCGUGUUCGAACGUGGUGUAUUUGACUUAAAGGUUGAGACCUCCAUCACGCAAGACUUUCCUGAUCUCAAAUUGAGGUCUAUAAAGGAGCUGCUGGAAGAGGCUCACAAGCUCAAAAUUUAA